AGCCGCGACGCCACGCCGCGCGCACGCCCGGCGCCCCGCGCCGCACCACGUACAAACUUCGUGUGAUGUAACAAAGUGCCCGUGUUAUCUCGUGUUGACGUUAGUGCUAGCAUUGUCUCGCGUGUUUACGUUUCCGUAUGAUUGUUCUAACCACGGUGAGAGAACCGAUAGUGCUUUAUUUUUCUUCCCCACGCAAUUUCCUCUGGUUUUCUUCGGCCGUGCGGAUCUGUUCGAAAUUUGAAAUUAAGAAUUUGCUUUAACUUAAACACACAUUAACCUAAUUCAAAAACAAGUGAACAGUAAAAUAAAACAAGUGAUAAAAAACAAACAAAAGUAACAGUGAUUCAAACAAACCAAAGUGAUGCGUCCAAACAAAUGCAAGAAAUUCAAAUUCAAAUGAUUCCAUGACGUCACGAUGGCUCUCAGGCAUGAUGUCAGCACCAUGGAGUCAGCAUACCUCCCAGCAGAACCGCCACCCAUCGCAGAAAUCAUCUACGAACCACGUGACUUAGCUUCCGAAUACUUCAACACAUUCAAUCAAAUCUGUGAGAACUAUAGAAGUGACUCUGAUGUGAACCUUCGGCAAACCUCGGACAGUCUUCGGCUGUCCUCGGAAAUCCUAGACGGUGUUCGUUCCGAAUAUGUUAGUACUGACUUUACAAGUAAAGACUAUGAUGUGAACGCUUCAAAAGUGUUUUCUAGUGCGAAGGACGAACAUGUGUUUCAAUUUGGACAGCCUGAUGCCUCGGCCUUGUUGAGGCAUAGGGCGAGGAGAAGAUAUAAUGAGGAGCAUGGUCUUCAGCCUCCAGCUACUACUAGUCAAGAAAGUGGGUACGGCAGUGAUGAAUUCGGCCACGAUUCCCCGAGCCGGUACGCGUCGCCGAAAGGCGCGGGCGCCGGGGCUCCCUACCAGGAGGCGUACUACGCGGGCGGGGAGUGGGGCGCGCCCUACUACCAGCCGCCGCCGGCGUACCAGCACGACCCCUAUGCCACUUCUCCAGGCAUAGCGGGCGCUCCGGUGGGCGAGGCAGGCGGCGGCGCGGAGCUUCCGCUGCCGCCUAUGUCGUCGUUCCGCGCGGCCGCUCCGCACCACUCGCCCACAGACCCCAUGCUCGUCGCCAAGCCGCCGUUACAGCCUAUGUACGGCGGCUCCGGCAGCACGCCAGUAGGUGCGGCCGAAGCCGGCAGCCUCUCCUCAUACGGUUCGUCGCCGUCCACGCCGGUGCACUCGCCGCCGCCGCUGCACGCGCGGCUGUACCCGCCGCUGAAGCACUCUCCGCAUCCUCACCCUCACGCUCAUCAUGUUAUACACCACAAUGGACAGCAAUCAAACUGGGUAUCGUCCGGCGUGUCCUCCCCGCCGUCCGGCUCGACGCCGCACGCGCCACUGCCGCCGCUGCCCAACGGUCACCACCAGCCCAUGCCCGUGUUCCCACCUUCGGCUAUGGUGAGUGGCGCUCCGGCCGAGCAGCGUCAGCUCGACGAGGCGAUGGUGUUCCUGCGAGAUCACAAUGACUGCGGAGCGCGCAUGGAGGAGCGGCUGGACGACGCCAUCAACGUGCUGCGCAACCACGCCGAGGCGCCCGACCUGUUCCCGCACGAGCUGCCGCACCCCAUCGCCACGCACCAAGCGCCGCCAGUAUCGCGACUGGGCGUGGGCGGUGCGUUGCCGCAGCUACACUCGGAGCCGCCCAUCAAGAUGGAGCGACAUGUGUUGCCUAAUACCAAGAAACGCAAAGAGCCCCCGGACUCGGGCGUGGAGUCGAAGCCGUCGUCGUCAGGCUCGGCCGACGCGCUCGCCGCCAAGCCGCCCAGCUCCAAGCGCUCCAGGCGAUACUCGACCAACCCCGCCAUGCCCAGCUGCUCAUCGGCCGACGAGGAUGACCUCGACCCUGACACCAAGGCAGCUCGCGAGAGAGAGAGGCGACAGGCCAACAAUGUUAGAGAAAGGAUAAGAAUACGAGAUAUAAACGAAGCACUGAAGGAGCUCGGCAGGAUGUGCAUGACCCACCUCAAGAGUGACAAGCCACAGACCAAGCUCGGUAUCCUGAACAUGGCCGUCGAAGUCAUCAUGACGCUCGAGCAACAAGUCAGAGAACGUAACCUAAACCCGAAGGCGGCGUGCCUGAAGCGGCGCGAGGAGGAGAAGGCGGAAGAGGCGCCCAAGCUGCUGCCCGCGCCGCUGCAGCACUACCAGCCCAUGCCGGGCAUGGGCCAGUUGCCCGGGCAGCCCCCGUCGGGAGCGCCGCCGCAAUAGCGACGCGCCGCGCGCUAGCUACGCACUGCGACACGCGACACUAUCGCACCAGCAUGCGACACAGUCGCACGAGCGACACACUUGGUACGGCUACGUGCACGUGAGAAUACAAACUGUUGUGAAUGGGUGAUAACUGUUUAUGCUUAUGAGAAAAAUAUAAGAAUUUUUAACAGUAUAUUUAUAAUGAUUUUUGUUACAAGUAUAAAAAUUUGGAUAUAGAUGAUGUUAUUUUUCUGGCGCAAUUAUAAAUCUCGGGGUAUAUUCUUGUUUUCUUUAUUUAUUUAUCAUGGUUUUUGUUUAAAAAUUUGAUAUUUAUGAGUUAAAAAAGAAAAUAGAGUUGAAUUCGUCAUAAUUUCCAGAGUAAUGUACAGGCUGUUGUUUAUCUGUUCGUCAAAAUAAUCAAAUGUAAUCAAUAAUUUUUGAUCGUUGUAACAAGAUCUGAAUCUUGCAUGAAAUUUAAUUGUGCAUGACAAUCGGUGUUUAUUUAAUUUUCGGCCUGUAUAUAUAUUUUUUUCUUUUAAACAUUGACAGUUGUUACCCAUUAUUUUUAAUACUCGAUAUUAAAAAGUGAAGAGAGAUAUUUUUUGUAAACCAAUCUCACGAUGCCACGUGGGCCAAAAUCGUUGCAUUUUAUUUUUGUCUUAUUAUUUUUGAAAGCCCGUUGAACGGGAGUGGGAUUCUGUCUUCCCGUCGGAAGAAUGCCAUAAGUAAAAGUUUACAUUUUACUUUAUUUAGUAAGUUUUAUUUUAUUUUAUAAGUACACACUACAUUAGCAGGUUUUUAAUGAAAAAUCAUAUUUUUUUGUGCCCAGUGACUGUUGGGUUUGAGUUGAAAAUUACCGGUUUUUUUGAUAGAUUUUUUUGGCUCUCUAUGUAAUCUACUGAAGUAAAAUAUAUUGGCAAUUCUUUAUUUGAAUGUUUUCCUACUAUUUGCAAAUAGAUCUUUAGUUCUUUUCAUUCUUUUUCGGGUAAACUAUUGGUCUGUUUGUAAAUAAACUUUCCUCUUGAUCUAAAUCAUUUAUUUUUUUCUUUAUUUCACCUAAUUAAUAUCAAAAUAACGAAUUUAAAAUCAUGACAAUGUACAUCUAAAACUUUGAACACGACGGGACGGCAAUUACAUCACUGAAAAUUUUGUAUCUUUUUCUACCCAUCUCUACUCUGGCAACACCGGAGUCCGCCUUAAACAAUGGGUACUAACUGCUGUCUGCCGUCAUCGUUAUUACGUCAUCACCGGUCGUUUUCAACUCAAUCUCAGCUAAAAGCCUACAUCGGACAAGAGUUCCAAAGAAUUAUUUAAAUAAAGCUAAAAUUUAACUAAAAAUAACUAAUAAAUUGUAAACAGCAGUGCGUAGUGACUUAUAUUUCGGACUCUUUAGUACAUAAGUGUGUAUAUUACUAGUAUAGAAAAUAGUUUUAUAAAAAACUUAACAUCAGACGACAGAGAAGAUUUUUUAUGUCUUAAAUCCAAAGACAUAAUCCAUGUAAAAUAUUAACUUAGUAUAUAUGUAUAGGUAUAUGAUAGGUAUAAAGAAUUGAGAAAAAAUGAAAGAUAUUUUUAAUUACAAUUAUUUUUUUGUAUUUUUUCUCUAUUUCGCUGCCAUAGACACCACUUCACCGCUUUUUGCUGAGUUUAAGAAGCUAGACAAUAAAUAAAACGGUUUGUUGUUUUGUUAUCCUUUCUCGAAAACAAGUGGUGUAUAUCGUCAUGAUAUUUUUUUUUGUAAAUUUGUAGAAAAAAAUGAUUAAAAAUGAAGGUAGUGAUUGUGCUUGAUAAAUAAUGAAAAAUACUUAUGAAAAUAGUACUUAUUGUAUAAUAUUGUAAUGAAGGUAUUUAGAAUUGGUGAUCUACAAAUUUACAAAAAUAAUAUUAUUAGUUAAAAUAAAUAAAAUAUGGCUGCUAACUUAAGAUUGUACUUAGUGACACUUUUGUACCGAAACUCCAGUGAGUCAUUGACACUAAAGCUGUUUUUUGACGUAAUUUUGGAUAAUUACCGCGGUCCAUCUACGAGCUAAACGUAGUAUUAUAUUAUUUUUAUUAUAAUUCUCUUUUUUUAGAAUAUAUUCGGUAGCUAUUCGCCUUGAGAUCGUAAACUUAUGCAGUUUUUUGUGUAAGUUUUUUAUAUUAUUUUGUUUUUAUUUUUCAUUAAAAUAUUUGUCAUUUGCUAUUUUUUCUAAGACAGAGAAACAGUGACUUUUACGAAAUGGAAGAAUGGCAAAUGAGAUAAUUUUUAAUUCCGUUAUCAAGAUGUACUAUUUUAUGUUUUCAAACUUGCAAUUUUUACGAUUGAUUUGCCUAGCAGUUGAAUGGAAUCGAUAUGUGUAAUAUGAAAUAAAAUCAGGAAUAUUUUGAUCAAACUGUAUUUAUUGAAAAAAUAAAAUCAACGCGCACAAUAUAGCCCAACAAAAAACUCGUCAAAACUGCAAGUUUGAUAAUCAAAAUCACAAUUUGAUUACACCCUGUAUAUAUUCAUCAAAAAUUCUAUAUUUUAGAAACCCGCUCAUUGAUUCAGUAAUAAAUCGAUAUCUGACUAUUUUGAUACUAAGUUAUGAUUGUUACUAUAUUUGAUGACAUUAUUAUGUUUUUUCGAAACGACUAUAAUACGUACUUUCACAGUUGCUCACGUAAUGAGUAUAGUAUAGUAUCUUUAGUUGUUUCGACUAUACGUCGGGGUUAGUCGAUUUUUACGAUUAUCGAGUUUGAUCACAUCACUACACAUAUUUUCGGGCUGCAAAAUUAAAAAAAAAAUGUUUUAUUUAUUUGGUAUUAUGAAUUUUAUGAAUGAAAAAAAAAUGAUUAUAUUUUUUUAUUAAAGAUAUCAGUCACAUGCUCGGUAAUAAAAAAAAACGAUUAAAAGUUCGUCAAAAUUAUAAACUUUGAACGAUUGUUGAAAUUCGGGAGUUAACAUUUUGUUUCGAGUUUAUAGUUUUGUCGAACUACCCGACAAAUCUAUCCAUCGUUUAGUUUAGACUAAAUAGUACUCUGUAUUAUAUAGCUUUAAGGUUGAUUUUCCCUGAAUCAUUCAACAUUAACGAUCCUGUAUAUUUUGUAGAACCCAACUUUGUUAUAACUUUCUAAAAAAAACUACAAAGUACUUCUAAAAAGUAUUUCAUUAUUAUUUUCUUAAGAAAAAAGUUUUUUUAUAUCGUGUUUAAAAAAAUCUUAGUACUUUUUUACAUCUUUUUUAGAAAAUUAUAACUAAUUUGGGCUUUUAAAAUUUAUAUUGAUUAUUCCAAAUAUUUUGCUUGAACACAAUAAUUAUUCGAUUGGUUUGCUCGUCAACUGUCAAUACUUUUUCAAAUUGCAAGUCCUGUUAUAAUAAAAUUGAAUGCUGGUCAUACUAACAAAUGAAGAAAAAUGUAAAUCACAUAGAAAUGAGCUGUUUUUGUCGACAAUUUUAUUUCGUUAUGAAGGGCCUUAGUUCACCGACAACAGAACGUCUCUUUUUCUUCAAACAAAUGCUUAUUUUGAAAAUCGAACUUCACAAUUUAUAUUAAUCAGUUGUUUUAAGAAAACUAAAGUAGGUAAUCUUAUUGUCGGUGAACUUGAGGCUAGUUCAAAUAUUUUAGAGACAUGUCGGUGAAGACUCAUUCAAGACAGCCUCAAAGUUUAACAUGAAAUAAAAAAUAUUGUAACUCGUUCAAAAGUAUCAAAAUUGUUUAUCCAGAGGUAUGAAAUGUAAACGCAUGUAACUUAGUUUUGGUUGAAGAAACAGAAAUUAUAAAAUUAUUGUUUUUUUAAACAAUGAAUUCGUUUUGUAUGAAGUCUAUUCGGUAUCAUGAUUUUUGUAAGUGAUUACUAGUUAAAGUAUAAACUUGCUCGUGAAAUCUACUGCCAAAACUAAGUUAUUAAGUUCUCUAAAACUGAAAUAUGUAAUGCGCAAUCCAGACUUGCAACUUUAAGGACGUAAAUGAUCUUACAAAGUUCAAAAUAUCUUUUUAGUAUUGUACGUUAGUUGUAAGUCUUACUAUCGCCCUUUUAGUUUAGUUUAGUUGAUUCCUCUUCCAUUUAGCGAUAAUUAAGUUUUUUAUUAUUAUUAAUUAUCUAUAAUUUGUUGUCUAUGCGUACUAUGUAGGUCUAUUUUAAGAUUUUUUUUAAAAGGUACGCAUUCACCUGUAAUUUAUUCGCAUCGAUGCUCACUACCGAUGAAUGGUUCGAUUAGACACUCAAAUGUAUCCUGGAGAUUGUGUACAAAAUGAGGCUUUUUGUUAUUUUAUUUUUUGUUUUUGUCAAUGGCAACCCCAGCAGCCUAUGUAACAUAGAGCAUUUGUUUUCUUUUCCUGUUCAAAUGCAUAGAUUAAAAUAUAACUACAAGAAAGGUCUAAUUAUAAAAAUGAAUAAUAUUAAUUAAAUAUAAAUGUGCCAUUCAUUUUGCUAA